AUGGCCUUCUUCCGAUUUUCUCUCUGUCAAGUUUCAGCCAUAACUUGCAUAAAAAAGGAACAAGAAGCUCUCCUUCAACUAAAGAAAAGUUUCAAUGAUCCUUCUCAUGUCUUGGCUUCAUGGAAUGAAUCAACAAAUUGUUGUAAUUGGAAGGGAGUGAGUUGUAAUCAAAUUACAAGUCAUGUUACUAACAUUGAUCUUCAAAGCAAACAGGUCAAUUCUCUCAGUAAUAGAGUUUUAUUUAGCAAUUCUAUUGACUCUAGUUUGUUUGAAUUGAAAUAUUUAGUUUCGUUGGAUUUAAGUUGGAAUCACUUCAAUUAUUCUCGAAUUCCUGAUUGGUUUGGAAUGUUAAACAACUUGAAGUUUCUUAAUCUUGAAAAUUGUUACCUUUCUGGUCGAAUUCCUUCUUCGCUUGGAAAUUUGUCUAAUCUUGAGUAUUUAGAUGUUUCAGACAAUUCUUUGAUCGGAGAAGUUCCAACUUCGUUUGGAAGAUUAUUGAAUUUGAAGGUAUUAGACAUUUCUGAUAACUUGUUUAAUGGAUUUCUUGAAGAAGCUCAUUUUGCAAAUCUUUCUCAAUUGCAUACUUUAUUGAUUGGCUACAAUGAGUUUCUUUCAUUGGAUGUGAAAUCUAAUUGGGUUCCUCCUUUUCAAUUAAAAUCACUUGAUGCAAGUUCUUGCAUCGGUUGUUUUAAGAGCAAGUUUCCUCGAUGGCUUCAAACACAGAAGAGGUUGGUUAGUUUGGUGUUGUCUAAUAUAAGUAUUUCAAGUGGAAUACCAAAGUGGUUGGAUGGUCAAAAUCUUACCACUUUGGAUCUUUCACACAACCAAAUUGUGGGGCCAAUUCCUCACAACAUUGGGUAUCAAAUGCCCAACUUGGAAGACUUGUUUCUUAGCACCAAUUUUAUGAAUGGCUCUUUACCACUUUCUCUUUGCAAGUUGAAGAAUUUGGCCUAUGUGGAUCUUUCAAACAAUGGGCUAUUUGGAAAAAUUGAAGGUUGUUUGUUGACUUCAAAGUUGCAUCUUUUGGAUUUAUCAUUGAAUGAAUUUUUCGGAACUUUUCCACAUUCACAUGGAAACGAUCUUUCAAAUAUUGAACAAUUGAAUUUGAGAAGCAAUAGUUUUGAGGGAUCUAUGCCAAUUGUUUUGAAGAAUUCUAAGAUUUUGGAAUUUAUAGAUCUUGAAGGAAAUAAGUUCUCUGGAAAUAUCCCUACAUGGGUGGGUGAUAAUCUUGGAAAUUUGCAAUUUCUAAGAUUAAGAGAUAAUCAAUUCAACGGUACAAUCCCUUCAAAUUUAUGUAAUCUCAAGAACUUGCAAAUUUUGGAUCUUGCAUAUAAUCAAUUAGAAGGAACUAUACCACAUAAUCUUAGCAAUUUUAAGGUGAUGAUGGGAAAUGGAAGAAAUGAAGUAUCUCUUGUUUGUAGGUUUAGAUUUCCUCAAUUAUGUUAUGAUGGUAAAAAGAAAGUCAUACAAUCCAUCAAAUUAAGCAACUUCAAUUACUCCUUGUCACAACUAAUGUUAAUGGUGAAUAUUGACCUCUCCAAAAACCAUUUGGUUGGUUUCAUUCCUAGAGAGAUAACAAUGCUUAAAGGGUUAAUUGGAUUGAAUUUGUCCCACAACAAUCUAACGGGGAAAAUCCCAGUUGGAAUAGGGGAAGCUAAAUCGUUGGAAUCACUUGAUCUAUCUUUCAAUCAACUUUCUGGAUCAAUUCCCAAGAGCUUAUCAGAACUAAAUUCAUUAGGUGUGCUGCGGUUAUCCCAUAACAAUUUCUCUGGAAACAUUCCUCAAGAGGGUCAUCUCUCCACAUUCAAUGACGCUUCAAGUUUUGACAAUAAUCCUUAUCUUUGUGGAAAUCCACUACCUGUGAAAUGUGUAGACGAGAAUGUAUUUGAGUCACCAAAAAUCGAGAAUCAAGAUCAAGAGGACGAUAAAUGGGAGAAGUGGUUGCUUUACUUGAUGAUAAUGUUUGGAUAUGGGGUAGGGUUUUGGGGAGGUGUAGUUGUUUUGAUAUUGAAGAAGAAUUGGAGAUGUGCAUAUUUCAAGUUCAUAGAUGAGAUUAAAGACAAGAUUCUUGCAGCAAUGAAGUGGAGAUAG